AAAUCAAAUGCUGGGCUGUCAGGCAGUGCACCGGACCGCGAGUCCGCUCCCAAAGGCAAGCUUCCGACGACCCGUGAGGCCGUAACGGCUCACCCGUGACUCGACCCGCCUCAUUUACGCGCGGCCUUUCUCUUUUCUACUUCCAUCGGCAGCAGCUGUUGCCAAGAGCGCGCCUACCAUGUUUGACUACGGCAGGGCCACCGGUUUCUCCUACAACCGUGGCACCCCGCCGCGGGCCACCGUCUUGUGUGCCGCCGGAACCUGCCUCGGCCUCCUGCUAGUCAUGUGCAUGCCAUCGAUUGCGUCGACCUGCACUGGCGAUGUGAACAGCUGGGAAGGAGUGCGCGACUGCUUCAAACAGGUGGAGGUGAUCCAGCAGCACAAUAAGCUCAUGGCGCUCACGGCGACCUCCAUUGUGGGCUGGCUAGUUGUGCUGGCCAUUGUCGCGUUCUGCAGUAAGGAUGGCCUGCAUGCGACAUGGGCGGCCUUCAUUGCCUGGGUUACCAGCUUCAAGAGCCGCUGCAGCGCAAAGCCCGCCGCUGCCUGCUACCGGUGCUGCUGCUGCAGGUACUGCUGCAGGGUGCAUCCGACGAAAAGCCAGCCACCGCCGCCCCCGCUGCCGCCGCGGGCGGCCACAACCAACACGGAUGCCGUCAAGGCCGAGCCGCCGGAUGGCGACAGCGGCGGCGAGCAGCAGCAGGCGAAUCCCAGCAGCACAUCCAAGGCGGCUGAGCUGUCCCUGAUGCCCGCAAUGCCCGGUGAGCCCCUCGGCUACAGCAACACCCGUGUGGGGCAGCUGGUGGUGCGGGGGCCCGACUGGGCGGCGGCGGACGGCGACGACGACGGCGGCGCGGGCCGCAUCGGGGUGGUCAUGUGCGUGACGCCCGCCGCCAUGGCUGCUGCAUCGCCGGCCCUGCGCAAUGGUGCCCCUAACAGCGCAUGCCCGCAGCCGCAGUCGCAGUCGCCGCAGCAGCAGCCGGCGAGCGGCGGCGCGCAGGUUGUGACGGUGAGGUGGUGCAAGACGGGGCUGGAGACGACGGCCAACGUGCGCGGCGGCACCGCCGGCAGCCGCAAGUUCUGUGUGGCGGUCAUGGAGGUGGACGUAGUGCUGCUGGCAGAUGACGGCGCCUAACAUACGGUAGCAUGGCUAGCUAGGAUGAGGCCGGCGAAAUACUUCCUUGCCUUCAGUCCUGCUCACGUGCAUGCUGCAAACUCCUGCGGGCCGGUGCGGCCACAUGCGCUGCUUGCGGCCCGGUGCGGCUGGUAGCUAGCUAGCUAGUACAGGCGAAGGCGGAAGACCACACAUAGCGCCCACGCGUUAGUUGCUUCGUUGUUGUGACGGCUACUGUUGCUGGUACGUACCACUACGGUAUGCGUGGAUUUGCGCAGGCGUGGAUCGAUGCAUGGGUAGCCCAGGCGGUGCGUGCGUGUGUGCAGCAUAUCCAAAUUACUGAUGGCAUAACCAGGGCACGCACGUGCUUACGCGGGCGCCGCCGCCACGACUGUGGGGCGGUGUAUGUUGCUUGCGGCAACAAGUCAGCCACCCGCCCACCAUAAACCUCCUGGUUCAAUGCGGCCGGGCCGUCGGGGCUUUGGAUUAUGAAGCUACGGUAUGGGACCAUAAUAAUCCCGCUGCACAUCUGGUUCAGCGCGCCUAUUGCGCCGUGCACAUUGCUCAAUCUCAGUUGACACGGUGGUUGACAUGGUGAUUGCAGUGCACACCGCAAUCACUGCACGGUGCCCGCAAGUUCAAGUUCAAGCUGAGUCACAAUGUAACAAUACGGUGUA